GCGCGCAGGUCUCUGGUCUCCGCUGCGGCGGCUGGGCCCUGCGUGCGGCCGCGCGUCUUUCCCCAUGGCCGGGCGGCUGGUGCUGUGGCUGCUGCUCGGGCUGGGCCCGGCGGGCGGCGCCCACAUCAAGAAGGCGGAAGCGGCGGCGGGCGAGGGCGAGGCCCCGGCCCCGGCCCCGGCCCCGGGCUACCUGCACGCGGCCGAGCUGGCCGCGGCGCUGCGGGCGCUGGCCGAGGGGGCCCCGCCGGGCCUGGCCCGGCUCUUCAGCAUCGGGCAGUCGGGGGAGGGGCGGCCGCUGUGGGUGCUGCGCCUGACGGCCGGGCUGGAGCCCGCGCGGCCGGGGGCGGGCCCGGGCGGGGCCCCGAUCCCCGGCCGCCCGCAGGUCAAGCUGGUGGGGAACAUGCACGGCGACGAGCCGCUGGGCCGGCCGCUGCUGCUGCGCCUGGCCCGGGAGCUGGUGUCGGGCUGGGCCCGCGGGGACGCCCGGGCCCGCCGCCUCCUCAACGCCACCGACCUCUACCUGCUGCCCAGCCUCAACCCCGACGGCUUCGAGCGGGCCCGCGAGGGCGACUGCGGCGGGACGGCCCCGGGCGGCCGAGAGAACAGCCGCGGCAAGGACCUGAACCGCAGCUUCCCCGACCAGUUCGGGGCGGCCCAGCCCGACCUGGAGCCCGUGCCCGAGGUGCGGGCCCUGAUCGCCUGGAUGCAGCGCAACAAGUUUGUGCUCUCUGGGAACCUGCACGGGGGCUCUGUGGUUGCAAGCUAUCCCUAUGAUGACUCUCCCAUGCACAAGCUCAAUGGAAUCUAUAGCAAAUCAGCUGAUGAUGAAGUGUUUAAAUACCUGGCAAAAGCCUAUGCUUCUAACCACCCGAUAAUGAAAACUGGCACCCCAAACUGCCCAGGGGAGCAAUUUGAGACGUUCAAGAAUGGCAUCACUAAUGGAGCUCAUUGGUAUGAUGUAGAAGGGGGGAUGCAGGAUUACAACUACGUUUGGGCUGACUGCUUUGAGAUCACUUUGGAGCUGUCCUGCUGCAAGUACCCAAUGGCGUCCCAGCUUCAACAGGAAUGGGAGUAUAACCAGGAAUCUCUCCUCACCUUCAUUGAGAAGGUCCACAUGGGAGUAAAAGGGUUUGUCAGAGACUCGGUCACUGGGUCUGGCCUGGCAAAUGCGACCAUUGUUGUUGCUGGCAUCGAUCAUAACAUCACAGCAGGCAGAUUCGGCGACUACCACAGACUGCUCGUGCCUGGAACCUAUAACAUCACAGCAGCUGUCGUAGGCUAUGUGCCACUGACUGUAGAGAAUGUUGAGGUGAAAGAAGGAGCUGCAACAGGAGUGGACUUCUCCCUGCAACCGACUGUCCUGGUGCCUGUUCCUGCCCCUACGCCGGCUGCCACCACUCCUGCCCCAGGCUUUGCUGCCAAUGCCACUGCCCCGGCAAAGACAGCGAGCCCGACUUCUCUCCACCAGCCACUGCAGCCUGAGGACUUUCGCCACCACCACUUCCCAGACAUGGAGAUCUUCCUGAGGAGGUAUGCCAGCGAGUACACCAACAUCACACGCCUCUACUCGGUGGGCAAGUCAGUGGAGCAAAGGGAGCUGUAUGUGAUGGAGAUAUCAGACAACCCAGGCGUCCACGAACCAGGUGAACCAGAGUUCAAGUACAUUGGGAAUAUGCAUGGGAAUGAAGUAGUAGGCCGAGAACUGCUUCUGAAUCUCAUUGAUUAUCUCUGCAAGAACUUCGGAACAGAUCCUGAAGUAACAGAGUUGGUCCUUAAUACCCGAAUCCACAUCAUGCCCUCCAUGAACCCUGAUGGCUAUGAAAAAUCCCAAGAAGGAGACAGAAGCAGCACAGUUGGCAGAAACAAUAGUAACAACUAUGACCUGAACCGAAACUUCCCAGACCAGUUCCUGCCAACGACCGACCCGCUGCAGCCAGAGACUCUCGCUGUCAUGAACUGGCUCAGGGCCUUUCCGUUCGUACUCUCGGCAAACUUGCAUGGAGGUUCUUUGGUGGUUAAUUACCCCUUUGAUGAUGAUGAGAAAGGAAUAGCCAUCUACAGUAAAUCACCAGAUGAUGGUGUGUUUCAGCAGCUUGCACUUUCUUAUUCCAAGGAAAAUACUCAGAUGUACCAGGGCAGCCCUUGUAAGGACAUGUACCCCAAUGAAUAUUUCCCCCAUGGCAUCACUAAUGGGGCUCACUGGUAUAAUGUUCAAGGUGGGAUGCAAGAUUGGAACUACUUAAACACAAACUGCUUUGAAGUGACCAUUGAGUUAGGCUGUGUGAAAUACCCAAAUGCUGAAGACUUGCCAAAGUACUGGGAGCAGAACCACCGGUCUCUGCUCCAGUUCAUAAAACAGGUUCACCGAGGUGUCAAGGGUUUUGUGCUGGAUGCCACAGAUGGAAGGGGCAUCUCAAAUGCUACUAUUAGCGUUGCUGACAUCAAUCACCCUGUCACCACUUAUAAGGCUGGAGACUACUGGCGCCUGUUGGUUCUGGGGACUUACAAAAUCACAGCCUCUGCUCGAGGGUAUAACCCACUCACCAAGACCGUGAACAUUGGGGACAGAGGCGUGAUGCAAGUCAACUUCACUCUUUCACGGACAGAUUCCAAAGUUGAGGAGGGGAAGACCCCAGUCAUCACCAAUGAAGACACUAGCGAUCCCUCUACCAAGGAGUUUGAGACCCUGAUCAAAGACCUCUCGGCGGAGAAUGGCUUGGAACGCCUCAUGCUAACCUCUUCAAUGGAUGUUUCUCCCUACCGCUACCAUCCAUACAAAGACCUGUCUGACUUUCUCAGAGCCCUCAACUUGAACUACCCUCAGAUCACAAAUCUCACCAACUUGGGUCACAGCGUUGAGUACCGUCAAAUGUGGUCCCUCGAAAUAUCCAACAAACCCAACCAGUCUGAGCCCGAGGAGCCGAAGAUCCGCUUUGUUGCUGGUAUCCAUGGAAAUGCCCCGGUUGGCACAGAACUGCUCCUGGCGUUGGCAGAGUUCCUUUGUAUGAACUACAAAAAGAACGCAGCCAUCACCAAGCUGAUUGACAGGACAAGAAUUGUGAUUGUGCCUUCCCUAAAUCCAGACGGGCGUGAGAUCGCUCAGGAGAAAGACUGCACGUCCAAGACUGGACAAACCAAUGCUCACGGCAAAGAUCUGGACACAGAUUUCACAAGCAAUUUCUCCUUGUAUUCUGGGAUAGGAGAGCCGGAGACCAAAGCAAUCCUUGAGAACUUGAUCCUGAAGCGAGAUUUCAGCCUCUCUGUUGCCCUGGACGGUGGCUCUCUGCUUGUAACUUACCCAUAUGAUAAACCUGUGCAGACAGUGGAAAAUAAAGAAACUCUGAGACAUUUGGCAUCUCUGUAUGCAAACAACCAUCCAUCAAUGCAUCUAGGUCAGCCAGGCUGUACAAAUGAGUCGGAUAAGAACAUUCCAGGAGGUGUCAUCCGGGGGGCAGAAUGGCACAGUCACCUGGGCAGUAUGAAGGAUUUCAGUGUUACUUUCGGCCAUUGCCCUGAGAUCACAGUGUAUACCAGCUGCUGUUACUUCCCAAGUGCUGGACAGCUCCCUAAUCUGUGGACUGAGAAUAAGAAGUCUCUCCUCAGCAUGCUUGUGGAGGUUCAUAAGGGAGUCCAUGGAUUUGUUCAAGACAAGAGUGGGAAGCCAGUGUCUAAGGCAGUUAUUGUAUUCAAUGAAGGUGUGAGAAUCUACACAAAGGAAGGUGGCUAUUUCCAUGUGCUGUUGGCUCCGGGUUUACAUAACAUCAGUGCCACAGCUGAAGGAUAUCAGCAGAAGCAUGUCUUGGUGCAGGUGCGCCAUGAUGCUGCCAGCUCCGUGGUGAUCGUGUUUGAUAUGGAUAACAGGUUAUUUGGCUUUUCAAGGGAGCUCGUGGUAACUGUAGCAGGUGCCACCAUGUCAGCUGUGGUCCUCACAGCCUGCAUCAUUUGGUGCGUCUGCUCCAUCAAGUCCAACAGGCACAAGGAUGGCUUCCAUCGCCUCCGGCAGCACAAUGACGACUACGAGGAUGAGAUCCGCAUGAUGUCCACCGGCUCUAAGAAAUCUCUCCUGAGCCACGAAUUCCAGGAUGAGACAGACACUGAAGAAGAAACAUUGUACUCUAGCAAACACUGAGAUACCACGUGGAAAGGAAAGCUCCCUAUGGACAAGCCCUACAAUGUGGGCCUGCUCUUAUGCUUCAGAGAUCUGGAACGUUAGCUUGCAGAAUGUGUAAGCUCCAGAGACGUGGGUGGCAGUUCUCAAUGUCCGGGGUUCUUCUUUGCUCCAUUCCUACUUAGGCACAUGUCAGCUGAUGUCAGAGGCUGUGAACGCUGUCAGGGUUCUAGGUCAGGGGUUGGAGUUCCAUGUAAUGGAAACACUUGGAAGGCAACUUAUUAGUAUGUACUAGCAGUUUUCUCGACAGUCCAGGUUGGUGUGUGCAUAGUGGAGUAAUAACCAAAUGCCUGGUGGGGUCCAUAGUUCUAAGCUUUUAAAGCCAUUAUUUAUCUCUACCUUUUUGAUUCUUUUCACUCUAUACGUUUUGGGGAAGCCUUGAUCAGUUAUGGCCUUCAGCUACGCUGCUGGUGAGUGGCUCUAGAAAUGGACAGUGAGCUUGGUUUUUGGUUGCUCCGUCCCACUACAAGGGCACAGAGGUACUAUGGGCGGCUCUGCUCUACUGCAGGCUUCUAAUGCUUCUGACGCGUUUGCGGGGGAAUAAG